CGAUUGUCGAACACCCGACGAUCGAUCGGAAGGUGGCCUCUUGAUGCCUCGCAAGGGUAUCGUCAAGGUCCGCACCGGCUGCAUAACAUGCAAAGCUCGGAGGGUCAAGUGUGACGAAGGACGGCCGACAUGUCUUGUGUGCCAGAAGGCCGGCAAGCUAUGUCGUGGCUACGCACCACCACCCAUCGGGUACUACUCAUGGGAAGAGCUACUGCUCCUCAGCAAGCCUGUUCAGACAGGGCUGUCCAAUUUCCCCGGCGUCACAGCUCUUGAGCUUCGAAACAUAGCUUUCUUCCAACGGGUGGUCGCGCCCUCAGUAUGCGGGCCGGUAACGCACUCUCUCUGGACUAGAGCCAUUAGUCAGGUUUUGCACGUCGAACCGGCCGCUAGACAUGCCGUCGUGGCUCUAGGGUCCUUGUACGAGAACUCGGAGCGGGUGUUGCGUAGCGAUCCAAUGGCGACGGGCCCGCUGGAUGCACACCGGCAUGCCAUCACGCAUUACAACAUUGCGAUAAGGCAUCUCACUACACCGAGAGUAUACCUCGCCAACGACACAAUUCUCCUCGUAUGCGUUCUGUUCAUCGCCAUAGAGUUCCUUCGCGGCAAUGUCGAAGCAGCGGCAACGCACAUACGAAACGGGAUAUCGCUGCUGAACUCAGUCGGCAGCGACGACGAAGAUCUAGUAUUCGCCUUGUUGCACCUUGCUAUUUUCCCGUUUUAUUUCGCCAUGGGCCCUGCGAGCGAUUUGGAGGUGCCGCUGGGCUGGGACCCGUCGGGCCUGCCGCACAUGUUUUCGAGUCCAUCUCAUGCUCAGGCCUGGCUGGACUUGCUUUCUUUGCGCACGGUGCGUCUCGUACGCCAAGCCAAAGAAAACCGCUCCGGGGUCGCGGCAGCCGUGCCCUUGGAAGAAAUCACCGCCGCGGCGCAAUGUUUGGACCAAGAUCUGGACGUUUGGUGGUCUACGUUCUGCAUGUCGCGACAGGGAAUGCAAGGCGACCACACCAUCAUGGAGAAACUUCUCGAAGCGCGAUUCCUACACGCAAAGAUGAGGAUCAGCACUAACCUGGACCACGACGAGCACGUUUGGGCAACGCAGGAGCAAAGAUUCCGCCGCUUUGUAGCGGUCGCGCAGGAGGUGCGACACGCGUGGCAAUCCGACGACAGCAAGCACAGGACUUUUGCGUUUGGGAUGGGCUUCUGCCCCCUGCUCUUCAGGACGGUACACAAAUGCCGGGUGCUGAAGCUGCGGCUCGCCGCGCUGUCGCUCAUGGACGAGCUCUGCUGGGCGCGGGAGACUGUCUGGGAUCGGACGCUGCUGAGGGCUUUGGGCGAGAAGAUCGUCGAGGUCGAGCACGGCAUGCGACUAACGCCGGAGAGAGUCAAGGCUUUGCAAGAAGAGGGCUCGCAUGAGCUGGCCGUGUCGGCUGACGCAUCUUUAAUUCGGGACAUUGUCUUGCAUCCUGGGCCAGACCUGGCGAUGAAUGCCGAUGGCUCGAGGAUCUGGAAGAGACGGGUGACGCUGAUUCUGGCGGGUCCAGGAGGCAGCUCAGAGGAGCGUUUGGAAGAGUGUUUUGAGAUGAGAUGAAUCGAUAUGCUAGAUCCGAGCAUAUGCCGUCUCCGAGAUUGGCAUGUAAAUUGAUGAUCGCUGUAAUCCAG